AUGUUAAUUAAAACUCUCUAUCUCUCGUUCUGUCUGACUUGGUCAGUGAUAGCAAGCCCAGUUUCGGAAUCGGAAUUGAGUUCUCGAGCGAGCACUACCGUCACGGCCAAUUUCGACGACCUUACCCCAGUGGAUGUUCUUUCCAGUGUCUUAAACGCACAGGAAAUCGGCUCGUACAAUGGCCUCCGCUACCAAGGAUUCUAUGUUAUCCAGCCGGGACUGUUUCAAUCUUUGAGCGUGGGCGGCCUGCUCCCCAACAGUGGCUCCAACGCUGUUGGGUAUGACACCCUCGGGUCACUCGACACAAACACUGCACUCAUCACUCGCGUGAUCACUUUGGAAAGCCGCAGCAUCCUCAGACCCGCUACGCUCGACCUGCACUCGUUCUAUUGGGGUUGCCAGCUGGGCUUGAAGCAAUACGUGUUGACAGUACCCACUGGGUGCAAUCUUACCAUCAUUGGCUCAUUCGCUUUCCGAGAGGUGACGAGGAGGACGGUCCGGUAUCAGCCAAUCCUCAUCGAUCUGGUCCAGCCCAUGAAACUGGUAGACUUGGGAGACCAGUUCACGGGGCUGGAUACCUUGACCUUCAUAUCGUCUCACAAUAGCCCGACUUUCACGCACAGCAGCGGGGUUACUGAGAGCCAUAGCGGCGAGACGAAUUCUCCCUUCAUUGCCGACAUUGACACAACGUGGUUGCAACUGACAAGACAAUAUGUCAAAGCAACGAUGGAGGCGAGCGGUGCACCCUUUCCUGGAAUCGGUGUUGAUCCUAAAAUGCAACAGGAGGUUGAUAAUGAGAAACAAGGCACCCGAGACGAUGGCAGAAUAGCAUCACCGGUCUGGCAUGAACUUCGUCCUCCCUACUGGCAAGGUGAGAACGUGAUCAAGAGCCCAGCGACACAUUGGCACGGCGCCUCCUUUUUUCGUUGUAAACACCGCAACAGCCACGCAGGCCGAGCGCCGAGCGCCGAAGACACCGAGCACGAGGGCCGCAGGUCGGACCAAGACGCGUUCGCGAAACGAGGGUCGUCGGGGCAGUCGAUGGGCAGCGCCGGGUUUGACCCAUUAUUUCAUCAUGGGGACGUCCUCGCCAUUUUGGACGCUGGUCAAAAGACGAGCCGCCAGUCCUCAACCCGGACCGGGCCCCUAGGGGUCGCUCAAGACUCUUUUGCCCAGGUCACUCCGACCGGACCCACACAAGAGUGGGUACCUUACCUUUCCCACCCCACUGACAGGCAGAAGAAGGGCCGGACGCAGAUGCACCGGCCCGAGGACAGCUAG